GACGCCGUCGGGUGAAGACCGUUCACCAUCCCUUGCCCGAACUCUUAACACUUAAAGUGGUUGGUCUCGCGGAGAUCAGCCUGGCGACCAAAGGAAAAUGAUUGAUAGUUAUUGUCACGUGUGUGUAAUUCUUCGGCUAUGUACGUAACUGUGUAAUAAUGUAUAUUUAGUGAAGUGUAAUAAUUUUUUGACUGCGACAAAAAUGACUUGAUUAAUAUUUCGAGUAUGGUGAAAAAAAUUGUUGAAUUGAUUGACUUGUAAAUACCUGGAUGACCGCCGACGCUAUGGGCGUGGGCGUGACCAGGGGAGGAGCCGUGGGCGUCAGACCACUACUCCUAAUGAUCUUCAUUCUCUUGUCAACGAUGUGCGAGAUCUCCUCGGCCAACUUCCGGGCUCGGGAGAAGCAGAUCAUCGACGAAAUUAUCGGCCCGGCCAACUACGACAAGCGCAUUCGUCCGGCCGGCGCCAAUGAUACCGGUCCAGCCAUCGUCCAUAUCAACAUCAUGAUUCGCAACGUGCAGACCAUCUCCGACGUCAAAAUGGAGUACAGUAUUCAGAUCACCUUCCGAGAGCAGUGGAUCGACCAGCGUCUGACCUUCGACAACAUAGGAGGACGGAUCCAGUACCUGACGCUGACUGAGACGGACAUGGUGUGGAUGCCGGAUUUGUUCUUCAGGAACGAGAAGGAAGGUCACUUUCACAAGAUCAUCCUUCCCAAUCUCUACAUCCGUAUCUACCCAGACGGCGGCGUCCUCUACAGUAUCAGAAUCUCGCUGACGUUGUCCUGUCCGAUGAACCUGAAGCUGUUCCCACUAGACCGUCAGCAGUGUCAGCUUCUCAUGGCCUCUUACGGAUGGACGACGGAGGACUUGGUGUUCCUGUGGAAGGACGUGGACCCGGUGCAGGUGACCAAGAACCUCCAUCUGCCCCGCUUCACCCUCGAGAAGUUCAUCACUGACUAUUGCAACAGCAAGACUAAUACUGGUGAAUACUCGUGUCUGGUGGUGGCGCUGAUCUUCAAGAGAGAGUUCUCAUACUACCUCAUCCAGUACUACAUUCCCUGCUGUAUGUUGGUGAUCGUGUCCUGGGUGUCCUUCUGGCUCGACCAACACUCCGCGCCAGCCAGAGUGGCUCUGGGAGUUACUACGCUCCUCACCAUGUCCACGCAGAGAUCGUCCAUCAACCAGUCGCUGCCUCCUGUGUCCUACACUAAGGCCAUUGACGUGUGGACCGGCGUGUGUCUCACCUUUGUCUUCGGGGCGCUGCUGGAGUUCGCGCUCGUCAACUACGCCUCGCGGUCCGACAAACACCGCGAGAAGAUGAAGGAGAAAUUCGACGAGCAGAAGAAGCAGUGGGAGGCGGAACAUGCUGCGGCCCUACAAAUGGCCAUGCAGGAGCAGACGGAAGACGGCCACACCUUCGCCAUGCCGGCCUCUCCACCCCGUCCACGGCGGUUGCUGGACCUGAUUAUCGCUAAGACGAGGCCGCUGGUGUCACGGAACGGAGGAAUGGGCGGGGAGAACAUCCACCCUUGUGAGAUCCACUUGCAGGCGCCGCACCAGAACUGCUGCCGGACGUGGCUCUCUAAGUUCCCCACACGCAGCAAGCGCAUUGAUGUCAUCUCGCGCAUCACCUUCCCCCUUGUCUUCGCCUUCUUCAACAUGGCCUACUGGAGCACCUACCUCUUCACGGAGGAGGAAGAAGAUCCCCCAAAGUAAACCUAGAUGUUAAACGUCACUUGUUUUACACAUAUUCUGGAGCUCUAUGGCUGAUGUUGCUCGUAGUGUUGGCGGGAGCUCUCAUUUGCCACGAUGUAUGGAUGCUGGAGCUCUCAUCUGGCAUGAUGUAUGGAUGCUGGAGCUCUCAUCUGGCAUGAUGUAUGGAUGCUGGAGCCCACACCUGGCUGGAUGUAUCGUUGACAAAAAAAAAAUCAGUGAUUUUUUGUAUAUACAGUACAUCUAUACAUAUAUAAAUAUAUGUAUAUAAAUAUAUAUGGUAAAGUUAAAUACAUAUGAAAUCAGCAGUUACCUGAACAUACUUGCAACGACAAUAAUUUAUAACAGAGAUUAAUAUUUCUAGUUAGUACUGAAAUGACUAAAUGGCUCUAACAACAGGAUAACUGGAAUCAUUGCUGACUAAAACCAUUGUAUUACCCAAGCCAUGGUUGAGUGAAACCGUUGGGGCUGAUUGGACCUAUAGUCUAGUAAGGGCUAGUAAGGAUUAUGUCAUAAGUAAUCAGGGGAAAAGUGAAAGGAACGAAACUAUGAAAAAUAACUAUUUAGAACUGGUGAUAAGUGAUGAAGGCGUGACGAAUGGAAAUUCUAAAUUCCACAGGACGGUAGAAACAAUAAGUAACUGAAACCAGUUAAAAAAAGACAGUAUGAUAAGAUCAAUUUUCAGGAUGAUCAAUGCCAGAAAAUAUAUGACAAACGUGAAUGAUCAGAGGCUUCAAUCUCUCCUACUGGCGCUCAGCUGAAUGGAACAGUCAACGGAAAUGUUUGACUGAAAUAUAAAUAAGCAGGAAACGUACACAAAAGACCGAACACUAUAUUGUGAUUGGACAGAAUUUGAAAGUAACAACAAUUGAUGGGCGGAGAUCUCAAAUUCAACGUAAAUGCUUUCUCAGUGUUCUCCAGUAGCUCAAUUACAGUGGUUCGAAAUGUUUCGAAAGAAUAUUGUUCCCUUCUUUGCUUGACGCAAAAUAUGGGAUAGAACAGAAAACUACAUUUAAAAAAGAUCAAAUAUUUUAGAAAAUCGUUAACACAUGGCAGUGUUUGAUAGGUUUAUUUACGGAAGUUCAGUGUGUAAAAGACAGGCAUUUCUGACAUACACAAAUGCCGGCAAGAGCUCAGAGAUACACGCUGACUGAAGUUUGAUGGUCUUACGCCAUACACAAGAAAGUACUGACUGGGUCGCAGAGGUAAAAUGUGGAAAACAGCCAUGUUUGGCAGCUCCUUACCCGCAGGCUGAGCCCCAGAGACCAGCGUAACUGUUGGAGGCGUUUACACGUUAUCAAGUACCGUUGGCUCCGUUAACAGUAAUAAAAUACCAGUGUGGAAGUAAAGACAUUAAAUAUAAGGUUGUAAAUAAAUGUAUGGUUGAAAUAAUGGCAUUAAGUAUAAGUUGGAAAUAAUGACAUUAACCAUUAUGAUGAAAUGAAGACUUUAAAUAUAACGAUUGAAAUAAAGGCGUUAUUUGUACGUGUGAAAUAAAGGCAUUAACUGUAAUGUUGAAAUAAUGGCAUUAACUGUAAUGAUGUAAGAUGAGAGUGAGUGUCGUUUGCUUGCGUUAAUGUUGUAGGGUAAUGACUCGGUAGGUAACACUCGCAUCCCCACUAACUGGCUUACUCUUACACAUCCCCAUUAACUUGCAUUAACUCUUUCACUACGUUACCCACACUCGACCUCAGGCCAUAGGUAGUACUUCUUCAUCCCACGUACAAAAAAGAACCACUCAUACCCACAUAGACUAAAUCAUGUUCUUUAAGUACAACAAUAUAUAUAUUUUUAGGACAAUAAAGUAUGGAGAUAUAAUUCAAUAAAGUCAGUGAAACUUUGUUCUGAAGAUGACAGGUUUGCUCACUUCCCUGUCGACAAGUUGGGUUUUAUUCUUCGGGUCUUUUGCAGCUUAUAAAUGAAAGGUUAUUUCCUAAUGCUUUCUUUCUGAUUAUAUUAAUCUGUAAAUUGCUUCGUUGUCGGGAUAUUUGUCAGUGUUUGAUCUUUUGUGUAUUGACCGAAGCCCGAGUUCUUGUCUGAUUUAUUUUACAUCUGGUUUGUCUUUCUUUCUUUCCUACCCCCCCCUCCUCCUCUUCCCCCUUCUCUCUCUCUCUCUCUCUCUCUCUCUCUCUCUCUCUCUCUCUCUCUCUCUCUCUCUCUCUCUCUCUCUCUCUCUCUCUCUCUCUCUCUCUCUCUCUCUCUUGUGUUGGUCAUAGUGACGAGUGUGUAGUGGUGGUGACUGCCAUGAGAAUGCGGUGAUAAUAGUGAUGAGAGUAUGAUGACAACAGUGAUGAAGAUGCUGUGAUGACAGUGAUGGGGUGAGGGUAAAAUGUUGGGUCGUGUCUGGUACACCGUGAUGAGCAGUGCUCGGUGAACAACGUAUAUAGUUAUGUUCUCUCAUGAACAUAUGAUCAGAACUGUUCUGUUGUUUGUCCCUAACUUUACUUCU